AUGAGCGGUGUUCUUCCCGGGCGACCUAAUUGUCGCCGCCAGGCCCUUACAACUGGAUAUUGGGAGGGUCGGCAUUUUACUGCCUAUGUUACCGGGUUCGCGUUCACUAUCCUCCAGAACCCUCAAACUACCGUACAGACCGUGUACAGUGCAGGAGAUGAAGCGCUAGAUUCCAUCGCAUUUGAUGAGAGCUACGGUAUCAUUGCUGUGGCCAGUCACUUUGCUGUUCAUCUUUAUCGGCCAUAUGAAGCAGCUCAUUCCACUAUUCCCAAGUGGGCGAUUUAUUCAAGCUUCCCUUUAGGAAACUCGCCGACAGUGUCUCUUCCAUGCCCCGUCUCUGCUGCGUGCGUCUCAUACGACUCGACUUACAUCGCCUCUACUGGCUGGGGCGACUGUGCCGUUCAGAUCUGGCGACGCCUAGCUUUUGGAUCGCAAGAGACCCAUUUUGACCUCUCAUAUGUUGUCCAUCCAGGCGAGGUUACUGGAAUUCGGUGGCGGAAGCCAUUUUACCCCAGCCAAACAAUCGAGAAUGUCCUCUACACGUGCUGUGCCGACGGUACUAUCCGACUCUGGGCCGCGGCUGACAACUCGGGCCAGUCCCGACUCCGGGUCUGUGCUAAGCUUCUAGACUCCCAGAAGGGCCCGGCAUGGGCUCCCAUCCGGGAAAUAUCCCUCGUGAACCUUACGCCUCAUUCCAUCGGUGAUUCUACAUGGCUCGCCGAUGGACACCUAGUUGUUGGGGCUGGAAACCAAAUUUUAACGUUUAGUCGGCAAUAUGACAUCUCCAGCUCCCUCGUCUCAAAGCUUAAGCUUGCCCCAGGGAAGGACGGAACCUGGGAUAUGUUUGAUACCGUUCAGAGAUUGAAUGGACCCUUACCUAUCUUCCAUCCCCAAUUCUUAAGUCAAUGUAUCCUAUCUGGGAAAUUUCAACUUGUCCAGGAUAUACUUGCCACCUUGCAUACUGCUCUCAAAUAUCUCUCCGAAGGCGAGAUUCUCGACAAGUAUCUUGAUUUAGACCUCUCCAGGUUUUAUGAACCCAUUGCGGGUCUGGAUAAUCAUAAGUUCGGUAACCUCGGUAGCUACCUUGGGGCAAGCGGAAUCCAUACGAUCUCAGUUUGA